GCAGGGCUCCGGCUGGGCUCGGGCGGCAGUCGGCGCCUGGGGCCGGCGCGGGGAGUCGGCGGUCGGCGCGGGCAGCGGCCCGCAGCUCCGGGAGGCGCAGUCGGAGCCCCGCCGCCGCCGGGGCGCGCGCCGCUGCCCGCAUGGCCGCCACUAAGGCGCUGCAGCAGUGGUGCCGGCAGCAGUGCGAGGGCUACCGGGACGUGAACAUCACCAACAUGACCACGUCGUUCCGCGACGGCCUGGCCUUCUGCGCCAUCCUGCACCGCCACCGGCCUGACCUCCUAGACUUCAAUGCUCUCAGGAAGGAAAACAUUUAUGAGAACAACAAACUGGCCUUCCGUGUGGCCGAGGAGGAGCUGGGCAUCCCAGCCCUGCUGGACGCUGAGGACAUGGUGGCCCUGAAGGUGCCUGACCGGCUGAGCAUCCUGACCUACGUGUCCCAGUACUACAACUACUUCCACGGACGCUCCCCCAUUGGGGGUGUGGCUGGUAUCAAAAGACCCUCAUCGGAGCCCAGCGAGGAGCCGUCCGGGAAGAAGGCCACAUCCCAGCCGGCCAGGCCCUCACCCACUGCAGCCCGGGAGCAGCCACUGUCUCCAGCCAAUAGAAACCCCACCAUCCAGUGGAAGGACGGCAGCUCAGGGGGCCUCCUGCCAAAGACCGCCUCGCCGAGCAGCUCAGUCAGCAGCACCUGUGGGGUCUGCGGCAAACACGUGCACCUUGUGCAGCGACACCUGGCGGACGGGAAACUCUACCACCGGAGCUGCUUCAGGUGUAAGCAGUGCUCCAACACGCUGCACUCUGGGGCCUACAGGCCCACCGGCGAGCCCGGCGUCUUCGUGUGUUCCAGCCACCACCCCGAAGCCACGUCCGCAAGCCCCACAUUGCGGGCCCUGGGCCCCCGACAGCCAAGGGCUGUGCCCUUGGACUCCCAGCCACGCAGUGCCCCGUGGAAGGCCCAGGAGGCAAAUGGGCUCCGAGACACAAGGCCAAAAGCCAGGCCAGCGGCCCCGGAGCCGGUGGUGGGCAGCUCAGCGGCCAAGGGUGUCCCCACUCCAGCUGAGCCUCCGGCCGCCACCUCCUCCCACGUCCACGCGGGUAGCUCAGCCGGGCCCAGUUUCUUGGUGGGCCUCCAGGGUGGCAAAGCCAGCAUGCGUGUGGCCAACAGCUCCCCAGCGGGGUCGUCACCGCUGGUCCAGGACACGGCAGCUGUCAGCCCCCGUCCUGCCCUGAUGCCGAGUGCUGCGGACUCUCACCUGGCCACCCCACAGGGCCCAGGGACCCCCCAUGUAGCAGCCCCCCAGACCAAGGUCAGUGUGGGCCCAGCAUCUCCAGUCCCAGCAGACACCCCAGACGGCACCCCAUCAGCUUCCAAGAUGCAGCAGGCCCGCGAGAGAUUCUUCCAGACUCCUGGGGCCACCCCCAGCCCUGGCCUGGCAGGCAGGGCCCCAGCUCCAGCAGAUGUGGCUUCUGGAGACAGCAGCAGGGAGCAGGCACUCAGCUGCCUCCGGAAGGCCCUUCCCAGGCUCGGGGACACCGGGGCCCAGCUGCCUGGCAGACCCUCCCCUGCUCUGCAAUCCCAUACCAGAACCGAAGGGCCACAAGCAAGUCCAUCAGCCAAGCUGGCACAGCUGGCAUCUCCCCGGGCCCUUAGCCCCCCGGCGAGGCCUGAGCUUCCAGCCCCCCUGAAGGUGGGCACCACGUCAGGGGCAGCCACAUCGCCCCAGGCGGGCAGGAAGAGCUCCGGGGUGUGCCCCGGGGCCAGUCGGGCGAGUGCUGGCUCCAGGCCGAAGCCAGAGGCCCCACCAGUGAAGGGCAUGAGUGCCAGCCCCCAAGAAGACCAGGAGGACGGGCCAGCAGGAUGGAGGGCCCGCCUGAAGCCGGUGAAGAAAAACCCUGCUGAGAGGAGGGUCGCAGCUGGUCGGUCACGAGCUCAUCCCUGCCUCAGGUUGUCUGCACCUGGGUGUGGGGGCAGCCUGUCCUUCCCUCAGCUGACCUCCUGCCCUCUGUCUAGGGUCCUGGCAGAGCCCCGGACUGGUGAGGCACUUGGGAAGGCCCGUGAGAGUUCCGAGGGGCCCGUCCACGUUCCCCCAACCCCUCUUUCGCCUGACGGGACAGUGGGUGCAGCUAGCCCUCUGCCCAGCCCCUCAGCAGGGAAGCCCUUGGGUUCGGCUGGUGUCCCCUCUUCAACCAGCAAGGCAGUGACCAACCCCGCCAAGCUGCCCCCUAACUACAUGCCCCCGGAGGAGAUCCAGAAGCACAUGCAGGACAUCGAGAACCAGCUGGACGUCCUGGAGCUCAGGGGCGUGGAACUGGAGAAGCGUCUCCGUGCCGCUGAGGGAGAUGCCUCCGAGGACACCCUCAUGGCGGACUGGUUCCAGCUCAUCCACGAGAAGCAGCUGCUGCUGCGGCAGGAGUCGGAGCUGAUGUACAAGGCCAGGGACCAGCGGCUGGUGGAGCAGCAGUUGGACCUCGAGGGGGCUCUGCGGCAGCUGAUGGCCAAACCCAAGUAUCUGAAGUCCCUCCAGGACCAGCAGCGUGAGGAAGAGCUGCUGAGCCAGUAUGUCAGCACGGUGGACGACCGCAGCAACAUCGUGGACUUCCUGGAGGAGGACCGGCUCCGGGAGCUAGAGGAGGACGAGAUGCUACAGAACAUGAUCCAGAGGCUGGACCUCCAGAGAAACAGUGGAGACCAGAAGAAGAAGUCCAAGUUCAGAUUGUCCAGGGUCUUGUCCCUGAGGAGCAAAAGCAGGACCCCUGAGUGAGCUGCCUGGCCGGCUACAAGACCCUUGCCCCUAGUCUGGGCAGGACGGGCACCGUGGGGGUGGGGACCUGCACCCCCCCUCCCUGUGGGUUCUGAGCCACCACAAUAAAGAAAGUGACCACA